AUGGAGCCAAAGCUCCCCCCAGGUCUGGUUACUAUGGCUGUCAUGCCUGCUACCGAGAGCAUGCAGCAGGAGAAAUUGGAUAGCGCUGUUUACAAGAAAUUCUGGCAAGCCUAUAGCACAUCCAAUCUUGCCAGCAAAGGCCAGACCGAGUCUCGCCUCGAGCAUCUCUUCUGGAGAAUCUGGGGUACCAAGCAGCUAUCAGGCAACUUAAGUCUCUACACUUUAAACCGCCUCAUCCUACGUAUCAAGAAGACGCCGGUGCUGCUGGGACAUAAGGUAGAAGAAAAGCAAAUGGAGCCUGCAGUAAACAAAGAGAAGCCCGUGAAGCAGGGUGUCUGCGACAGCGGAGCGUGCUCAUUUCACUCCAUACUAAAGAAGCCGCAGCCUACACAAGGUGAAAUACAAAAGAAACCCCGUCUGGCAAUUUUCACACCAUCCGGCGAACAGAUCACACGAAACCCCUCCAAUCCGCCAACCCCCAUCAUGACUGAACCAACUCCGGAAGGUUCAACCCGCCAGGGUGCGAAGAAGACCUACCUCGCCGCAACCCGCAACGGCCGCGGCCCGCGCCGCCGUCCCGUCUUCAACCGCCGCAAGUCUUCGCAGACCAGCAUUACCAAGACAACUGCUCCUCUGCGUCGUCGCUCGGAGCCUGCGGCAACCACUGAUGCCACGCCCGACUCCUACGUGGAGCUCGGCCAGCUACAGCACAUGAGCUUCCGUGACGAGGACGAGGAAGAUCAAAUCGUGCGCGACAUCGCCCGCGAGAUCGCCCCCAAGCCAAAGCCCGCUAAGCCAGCCACUCCCCAGUUCGACGACGAGUUCGUCGAGGGAGAUCCCGCCCUGCUGCAGGCUAUGAAGCCCGGCUGCGUCGACCAGGCUUCAUCUCUCCGUCACCCGAUGCUUGCCCCGGAGAGCUACUCCCAGGUCCUGAACCCGUUGUUCAACCUCAACUCGUUCCAGUCGCCCGGAGGCCCAGACCUGGCCGUCCCCACUGGUGAGACUGAUGCCGAAUGGACUGAUGUUGAUGCCAUCGAAUCGACUCUACCUGUCCUGCAACCCUUCAAGAAGGCUGUUUCGCCUGAGGAACCUGCUAUCGAGGAGCGCCAGAAGGGUCAUUCGGAUAUUGCAUCUCCUAUUGUCACUGUGUCUGUUGGCAAAGAUGAUCCCCUGUUGACUCACGGCCUUGAGAGAAUCAGACUGUGA